UUUCUCACUAUAUUUUUAUGAUUCCAUUUUUUUUUUUUUUUUGGUUAGAUAAAUAGUUAAAUACUCAUUGUGUACUAGAGAUUAUCCCAAUAUUUACCAGACUCCUGUUCCAUAGGCUUGAAUAUCGUUCAUAGCACAACCAAAAUUAGUUAAGAUCUGUCUUCUCUCUCUACAACUUCUCUCUCUUAAAUCCUGCCUGUCCUUCCUCCCAUCUCUCCCCAUCUCCCAUUCCCUCCUUCAUUUUCUUCCGAACGAGAAAAGAAAGGAGAAAACACCAGAAAACAAAGCCUAACCUCAUCAAGCAAAAAAAAAAUCACCAUCUCCGCCUGAAACCCAGCCGAAAAAAAACCCAUAAACAUGAGCAUUCCAAGGGGCAACGGCACCCAAGCCUGCGCUGCCUGUAAAUACCAGCGCAGGAAGUGCGCACCCGACUGCAUUCUCGCCCCUUAUUUUCCUCACGAUCGCCAACGACAGUUCCUCAAUGCCCAUAAAUUGUUUGGAGUCAGUAACAUCACCAAGAUCAUCCGAAACCUCCGACAACCCGACAAGGACGAGGCCAUGAGAACCAUUAUCUUCCAAUCCGACGUUCGAGCCAGUGAUCCUGUUGGUGGCUGUUACAGAAUCAUACGUGAAUUGCAGCGUCAGAUCGAUUAUUGUGAGGCCGAGUUAGAGAUUGUUCUUCAUCAGCUCGCCAUACACCGAGCUCAAGCUCAUCAUCAACAGACUGCCACUCUGCCGGAUUUCACAGAUUCGGCGUUGAAUUGUGAUGUUAUAAAUGUGGAUACGUUGAGCUCGUAUAAUCUGAUGGGUUAUCAUCAGCUUCAACCACAGCAAGAACAACAACAACAUUAUGUUAUGCAGUUUAAUAAUCACGUACCAUGGGCUUGCUUGCAGGAGAAGCAAUCUUUUGUUAAGGAAUGCAUUGAUGUGAAGUUGCCUCUUGAUGUAGCGGAAGAGAGACAUCAUGAGCUCAAUUUUGAGGGUGAAGAAACACUCGGGAAGAGUGAAGAGUCCAUAUUAAGAGACGACAAGGCCAUAUUAAAAGAAGAGAAUGAGUCCAUCCAACAUGUUCAAGAUCAUGACCUAAAGAGUGCUGCCACUUUGUUUACUCUCACAAACUGUAAUUGUUGA